GGGGACUGUAUUUUGACUGAGAGGAAUUAAUACACUGCUACACAAGAUAUGUAAUGUACUUCGGGGUCUGCCUAACAGAACGCAGUCGCGCAAUUUCAAUCCCGAUCAAUUCCAUUCAACGUCCGAAUCAGCAUCGUUGCUUGAGCUCAUCUCAUCAGCGCCAUCCUCUGGAUCAUCCUCAUCAAUGUCCUCUCCGCUACUCGACGAACCUCCCAUCUCAUUCUCAGCAUCAUGGCCAGGCACGAUGUCAUUGUUGUCGGCCUCAGGAUCCUCGAUCGGAUCCUCGAUCGAAUCCUUCGUGCUUCCCAUCGAACGCGUCAAGACGGCAGGCCUAGGAAUUGCGGGAACCAAUCUGCCCUUCAACAUGGGCUUCAUCCUUGUCUGACGACCACCAGUGGCCUUCAGCUCCUCCUUCUCCCUCUCCCACUCCGCCACCUCAGCCUGAUAUUCUGCCCGGAUCCUCUUGUUCUCGGCUUUGCGGCCCUCUUCGAGAUUCUUCCACUGGGCCAGCACCUCGCCACGUGUCUUUUUUGUUGCCUUACGAGACUCUGUUUGUUGCGCCUUUUCUUCGUUUACGGCCACUGUCUCUGCGCAAUACUGCGUGUAUUCUGUCGAUCAAGUUGACCCCGCACUUGACGGAUGUAUCCGCCAUUCAGAACCUGGGCUGAUUGCAUCUGGAUGACUCUUCUUCGAGAAUAGUACUGGGUACUUGGCAAAGCACGUCCGCAUAACGACUAACACGUUCCUUUUCGGGCGAUAUCAAGACUGUGGGAAGACGAGGAGGGGAGAGGGAUGCGCGGACCGGUGAUGAGGAGGUGACAACAAAUGAGGAUGAUGUCUGCCGCAGUGUCUGCAUGCUAGUUUGAAGGUGUGCUUGGUGGAAUGGGAAGUGUGCCUCGCGAGGAUGUUUCGAGGCUGGGAAGCAGUUGUGACUGCGAGAUGGCGUUCCGGAGUGAGAGCCCGUUGGUGCGCACGACCAUAGAUCUGGAGGAAGUUGUGCUUCCCAAUCUUCUGACGCUUCUCGCGAAUGCCUUGAUACACAUGUGUUGCAUGAGAUGGAUAGCACAGCACAUGAAUCCGACAUCGCCGUGCCAGCCUGAUGAACUCAAGCGUGUGAUGGGAGAUGUGGCCGUCGACGAUGUAGAUGCGUGUUCUUCCGGCCGCUUUUUCCGCAGUCUGUUUGUCAUAGUCCUCAAGCACAUGCACCGCUAGCUCGCUGUCAAUCCAACCCUUGCCUUGGUGACCAAGUCUGCGGGUUCUCCUGGUUCCAGUCAAGGUCGAACUUCUUGCCUUUGAAGAUGACCACGGGACGGAGCGACGUUCCAUCAGCACAGAUGGUGACAACGACUGUCGUGUUUUCUCGGCCACCAUCAGACUUUACCACCGCCAUCACCCGGUUGCACCCCCGCGGGGGUCCUCCUGGGUACCCUCAGACGUAGCUCUGAGGGUACCUAACAGGUACCCCCCUGCGGGGCCCGCGGGGGGGAUUUGGUCCAUUUGGGGGCGGGGGCAUAUGCGGGGGUCAGCAGGGGGGGGUCUGUA